CAUACACACACACACACACACACACACACACACACACACACACACACACACACACACAUACACGCACACACUCAUGAUCACACACAUCUCAGAGAUACACAGAAAGGACUGCACACACACACACACACACACACACACACACACACACACACACACACACACACACACACACACACACACCACGCGCACCUGGCCCUGGGACGCUUCCUCCUCACUGGACCCCUACUGAUGGAGCCCCCCAUCAGCAUCCAUUCAGCCCUCAUGCUCUCUGUGAUGUGA